AUGCAUAUUCUUGUCGUCAACGACGAUGGCCCUCCAUCUCGCACACUGUCACCAUACGUGCGCCCGCUGGUCGACGCGCUGCAAGAAGCAGGCCACCAGGUCUCAGUCGCCGUGCCAGCCAUGUCGCGCUCGUGGAUUGGCAAAGCGCACAUCAUCGGGGCUUCGCUGACGGCGACGUAUGUGCAUCCGGACCAGUUCCGCGACGACGGCAGUUUUCCUUCUACGACCACGACAACACAUCAGAAUAAUCAUCAGCAUCAACAAGGACUGCCGCUCACGCCGGCUGCGUCUGAUGAGCACUUGCGCGCUGCUCAGUUAUCUACCACUACAUCUACGACAACGACAACAUCAACGCACGAUAAUAAUGACUGGGUCGUCGUCACCAACGGCACGCCCGCCAGCUGCGCCCAACUCGGCAUAUACGAACUCUUCCGCGACCGCGGCGAAAUCGAUCUUGUCGUGUCCGGUCCCAAUCACGGCCGUAAUGCCUCGACCAUCUUCAAUCUGUCGUCAGGCACCGUGGGCGGCGCCCUGGAAGCCGUGACAUGCGCAAAACGCGGUAUUGCGUUGUCAUUUGGCAGCAAAGACGAACAGCCAAAAGAAGUCAUUCGCGCUGCGGCAAAGCUGUCGACAAGGCUGAUUGAGUAUCUGUAUCGGAAUUGGGAUGGGAAAGUAGAACUGUAUAAUGUAAAUGUGCCGAUGCGCGCAGAUGUUGAGACGAGGCCUGUUCGGUAUACCACGGCGCUGCCGAUUGUGUGGACAAAGGGGAGUUUGUAUGCUGAGAGCAAGAGCAAAAGCAAUGGUUCUGCUGUGUCGUCUCACGAGACGACAGAGGAGAAAUCACUGUUGUCAUCUCCCCCGCGUGAGAGACACUUUCAGUGGUCUGCCGAGUUGUCUGAUAUCAAGCAGAGUCUGCGUGAAGGGCCAGAGGGGACGGAUGCACGCACUGUGUUGGAUGGAUUUACCAGUGUCACCCCCCUCCUCGCCAAUUUCUGGCAUCCUCCUGGAUUCGCCGGAGAAUUGACGCUCGAUAACUAA